AUGCGCGCCUAAUCUUCCGCGCCCUCCCGCAUCAGUCCUCACUGCCGCAAAGGGCUGUGGGCCAGGUGAAUGGUUGCUUAGUGGUGGUGCAGGCGGCAGAGAGCAGCGGCCGCUCCCGCCCCCCUGUCCCUCCAUCCGUAGACCGCCACAGGCCUGAGACAUGGAGGCCCUCAUCCCGGUCAUCAACAAGCUCCAGGACGUCUUCAACACGGUGGGAGCCGACGUCAUUCAACUGCCCCAGAUCGUGGUGGUGGGGACCCAGAGCAGCGGAAAGAGCUCCGUACUUGAGAGCUUAGUUGGCCGGGAUCUGCUCCCCCGAGGCACUGGGAUCGUGACGAGAAGACCCCUGAUUCUACAGCUGGUGCACGUGCCCGCGGAUGACCGCCGCAAAACCUCCGGGGAAGAGAACGACCUGGACUCCUGGAAAAAUCCAAGAUCCUUAUCCAAAGGGGUCGAGGCUGAUGAAUGGGGUAAAUUCCUCCACACCAAAAACAAGAUCUACACAGACUUCGAUGACAUCCGCCAAGAAAUCGAGAAUGAAACGGAAAGGAUUUCUGGCAAUAACAAAGGUAUUAGCUCAGAGCCCAUCCAUCUGAAGAUAUUCUCCCCGAAUGUCGUCAACCUGACACUGGUGGAUCUGCCGGGAAUGACUAAGGUACCAGUGGGAGACCAGCCUAAGGAUAUUGAAUUACAGAUCAGAGAGCUUAUUCUGCGGUAUAUUAGCAACCCCAAUUCCAUCAUCCUGGCCGUCACCGCCGCCAAUACGGAUAUGGCAACAUCUGAGGCGCUGAAGAUCGCCCGGGAGUCUGAUCCGGACGGUCGGCGAACGCUCGCUGUUAUCACCAAGCUGGACCUCAUGGACGCUGGAACGGACGCCAUGGAUGUUCUGCUAGGGAGGGUUAUUCCUGUCAAACUGGGCAUCAUUGGAGUGGUCAACAGGAGUCAGCUUGAUAUUAAUAACAAGAAGAUCGUGGCAGACUCCAUCCGGGACGAAUACGCGUUCCUUCAGAAGAAAUAUCCAUCUCUGGCCACUAGGAACGGAACCAAGUACCUAGCACGGACUCUGAACAGGCUCCUAAUGCAUCACAUCAGAGACUGUUUGCCAGAGCUGAAGACCAGGAUCAACGUUUUGGCGUCUCAGUAUCAGUCCCUGCUCAAUAGUUACGGUGAACCGGUGGAGGACCAGAGCGCAACCCUGCUCCAGCUCAUUACCAAAUUUGCCACAGAAUAUUGUAACACGAUUGAAGGAACCGCAAAGUACAUAGAGACGUCAGAGCUGUGCGGGGGAGCUAGAAUCUGCUACAUCUUCCAUGAAACCUUCGGGAGGACGCUGGAAUCUGUAGAUCCGCUGGGAGGUCUGACCACAAUUGACGUUCUCACAGCUAUACGAAACGCCACUGGUCCCCGGCCGGCCCUAUUUGUCCCAGAGGUUUCCUUCGAGUUGCUGGUAAAGAGACAGGUGAAACGGUUGGAGGAUCCGAGUCUCCGCUGUGUGGAACUUGUUCACGAGGAGAUGCAACGGAUUAUCCAGCACUGCAGUAAUUAUAGCACGCAGGAGCUGCUGAGGUUCCCAAAGCUACACGACGCCAUUGUGGAGGUGGUCACAUGUCUCCUGCGCAAACGCCUCCCGGUGACUAACGAGAUGGUACACAAUCUGGUGGCCAUCGAGCUAGCGUAUAUCAACACCAAACAUCCAGACUUUGCCGACGCCUGUGGAGUCAUGAACAACAACAUAGAGGAACAUAGACGGAAUAGACUAGCCGCCCCAUCCUCAACGCCUAGAGAGAAGUCCACUAAAGCUCCAGGGCCUCUGCUACCUGACGCUCUGGAGCCUCCCUCUGCUUCUUCUGCUGAGACUGAUGGCAAGGCGCCCCCUGCAGCGGGUACUGGGGAUGGCGCCCCAGAUGCUGGAACUGGGAACUGGAGGGGGAUGCUGAAAGCCUCUAAAGGAGAUGAUCCUUUAUCAGAAGAGAAGUACAGACCAGCUCCGCCAGCGCUCUCCAGCCCACAGAGGGGCUACGCUGUAAACCUGCUGGAUGUGCCUGUGCCCGUUGCCAGAAAACUCUCCGCUCGGGAGCAGCGAGACUGCGAAGUGAUCGAGCGCCUAAUUAAAUCCUACUUCCUAAUAGUGAGGAAGAACAUUCAGGACAGUGUGCCAAAGGCCGUGAUGCAUUUCCUGGUAAACCACGUGAAGGACACGUUACAGAGCGAGCUGGUGGGACAGCUGUACAAGUCUAUGCUGCUGGAAGACCUCCUGACAGAGUCCGAGGACAUGGCCCAGCGCAGGAAGGAGGCUGCCGAUAUGUUAAAGGCAUUGCAGAGAGCGAGCCAGAUAAUCGCCGAGAUCCGGGAGACGCACCUGUGGUGACCUGGCCGUCUUACAGGCCCCAUAAAAGCUUGAGGAGACUUCACAUAACUUGAAAACUGAUAGGAGAUUGCCAGUCAGUGUAUGCUGGGUAGAAUUUUAUUUAUAUAAAAAGAGAGAACCUCUAACCGUAUACAAUAUGUGGGGAGAACAGAUGUCACGGAGGGGAGCCUGCUGUAUUUAGCAAGCGAAAGUUAUACAAUUCACAAAAUAAAUAUUACGUCCAACUA